AUGGACGUCUAUUUGCGUGGGGUAGCAACGAACAUGGACAACUGGCCAUGCCACGCCACAUAUCAUGGCAAGAAACGCCGAAAUGGUGUCGUAGCUGUAUGGGGUGAGCAGUCCGACGGAGCUAUCUUACAUUCGCCUCAAAUCGUCAAUCAACUUACGGGUAUCCCGAUUGUCAGAGUAGCUGCCGGCGGUCGACAUUGUGUGGCUGUAUCUGCUGGUGGUGGAGUUUAUGUAUGGGGUCACAACGAGUACGGUCAACUUGGUACGGGAGAUACACUGCGAAUGCGACGAGAGUUGUUAGGGUGUGGCUUAUCUGAAGAUGGCCAACUGGGACUUGGAAGUCGAAGUGCUGCUUGUGUAAAAUUACCUGAACAGAUAGUCGGAGCUCCACUGGGCGCUAGUGGGACAGCUGUAACUAGCGUCGCUUGUGGAGAGAAGCACACAUUGUUACUAGCUGAUGACGGCAAAAUGUGGAGCGUGGGUGGAAACGAAGCUGGCCAGCUUGGCAGAGGAGGUCGUGGUAGCGGCAGUUUUACGAUAUACCCAGUUUCAUUCAGCGGAGGGGUGGAAAUGAUACAGAUAGCAGCAGGUCGUGCACAUUCGUUAGCUGUGGCUGAAGAUGGACGUCUAUUUGCGUGGGCUCGUUCGUCUCCUUAUUUCCUGGAUGGAAUGAGCUCGAUGCAUAUCAUCGAGGCCUACUGUGGUGAUUCACACACGCUUUUACUCUCACAGGAAGGACGCCUCUUCGCAUUUGGAUCAGAUGCUCAGGGACAGAUCGGUGGAGGGAGGAAGUUUGACAAGCACACGAACCCUGCAGCAGUAGC